GAACCCGCGUUUGCCUGCCUUACCUUACUAAACAGCUGCAAACAAUCAGCUAAAAAUAAUAUUUUAUAUGUUUUCAAGUGAAUUGUAAUAUUUUGUGAGAAAAACACAAAAAAAAUUGUAAAAAAAUGAUGAAAAGACCUAAACGGGGAGAAACUGAGAAAGACAUCUUGCGAAUGCAGGAAGAGUUUCUAGCAGAACAAGCGAAAAAUCCCAAAAUUAAACCAGCUGCACAAAUCAUUAAAGUAUCAAAAUCUUCCAAGCCAUCAUCAUCAUUAUUCGCCAAAAGUCGUAACAAAAACGGCGUAAGAAAUGCCAUGUCAGCUGCACACCGCCACGUUCCAAGUGAUAAUGCUCUCCAGAGAAAAAUUAUUUUGGAUGAAAUCCAAACAAAUAUUAAAGGGGAAGUGAACGCGGAGCAACAGACAGAUAGUAUUGCACACACAAUUAUAGGUGAUAUUGUCGAAAGGGUCGUAAAGCAACCUAAGCGUCAUUUAUUAGGUUGUCAAGAAGGUCAUGCUUUUCCUGUCAUUGAGAAAAUGAAAUUAACAACUCCCAAAGCCUUUAUAAAUGGGAAAAGUAUAUUCGCUCAGAUAAUGGAGCAAAAUGUAAAAACACGUAUAAACGAAAAUCACGAAACCAUAGAAACAGAACAGUACAGUUUACGGCAAGCUAAGGAUGAAUUGGAUGUUGUUCUUGAAGAAGGCACAACAGGAGGAGAAGCAUUCGAAGAGAAUUUGAAGAUAUUAAGAGAAAUGAACGAAGAAGAAAUUUUACAAGAAAAACAAAAAUUGAUAGAAUCCUUAGAUCCUUCGAUAAUUGCUUUAUUAAAGAAAAAACAUAAAGAGAGAUUACAUCAUCUUAAAGAGGCCACAAAUACGAAUGCCGUAAUGAAUUCGAUGGAUAGUCGCGAUUCUCUAGAAGCCGCAAGGGUCGAUUUACAUCCGUCUAAUGCGGCUAUACCCCUGAUAAGACGUGGCGCUGCUGAAGAAUGGAUACAUUUUGAUGUAGUUGAGAAAGAAAAGCUUGAGUGGAUGAGCGCUGUGCGCAAUCAAAAACUGAAACUUAAACCGGGCGUAAAAUUUGAGGCACGAUUUGAUUGGAAAGGUGUAUUACUGCCCUUUAGUCCCGACGAAGCUGAUGAUAAGGAAGAACGUGAACUGUAUUUGCAUGGUGAUGAACCACAACGUCCCGGUUAUACCCUACAGGAACUAUUCCGUUUAGCUCGCUCUCAUAUCAUACAACAACGCAUCUCAGCUUUUAGCGCUAUUGCCGGAAUGCUUAGCAUUUAUCAACAGGGUUUUUAUGAUGAGACCUUAGAUUUGCCGAUAACAAAAAUUUUCUUUUUACUACGAUUCGGCUUCGAUGACAAUAAUCCAGCGAUUUUGGAAGUGGUAGCUAAGGCUUUGGCUUUUCUCUUUUACAAUGAAACUGAUGAGUUCUUACUGGACUUUUGCUACGAAAAUCCUGGUUGCCAUUGGCAGCCUACUUUGCAAGUUUUAAAAGCUGACCCUGAUCUCGAGGAUUCUUUACCUAUAGAGAAUUUACAAAAACAAUUUACGCAAUUGCAAAUAUCGAACUCGUCCAGAGAGACAUUCAUGCGGGCUGAUGUAGAGGAAAAUGAAGAAGAGAGUAAGAGCUUUAUGACCGAUUUUCAGUUAUGCGAUACCGACUUAAUAGAGGGGUUUGUGCGUACAAACGCUUUACAUAGAAUUCGAUAUAUAUUAACUACUGUUAAGCCCGACAACAGCUGUGUCAUAUCAUGCUUUAAAAUGUUAAUACGUUUGGCAAGAUCUGGCGAAGAAAUUGCUAUGAAAAUUGCUAAUGACGUUGACUUAAUGAAGUAUUUGUUUCAAAACUUUUUACCCAAAUUGGAAGUAGUUGUUAGCACCGAAAAACAAUCAUCUCUUUUAUACGGCUGCCCACAAUAUUUGUGUUUGAAACUGUUCCGUAUUAUGAUUUCCACGAAACUGAUUAUUGCUAACAAAUUUUGCGACUCAAAAUUAAUUGAUGUCUUAGAGAACUAUCUUUCCUGUCGUGAUGAUCUGCAGAAUCAAUUGAUUAAAGUUCAGAUUGAAUGCUUACGAAUAUUGAAAUGCCUCUUGUUACUGCGAAUGGACCACGAUGCAAGCGAUAACUUUUGUUUUCGAAAAUUUGUACCCGCUUUACGUUAUAUGCUCGAAUGGCAUUACAAUCAUCUCAUUUAUGAGGAAGGCGGUCCGUACUUAAUACGGCAACACGCUGCAGCUAUAUUUGCAUGUGUAGCAAGCAUCACGGGGCCAGUAGGCCGUGAAGCAAUAAGUUUAUUAAUCGAUGUAUUGCAUGAUUGCAGUUGUAAAUGGUUUCAUACGGCUAUACGAGCUGGCGUGCUGGAGUUUUCCCAAGCCACCUUAUUAAACGCCUGCUUAAAUGUGGUGAUUUGGUACAAACAUCAUUCUGAUCCGAUGCGUUUUCAUAAUUUUGUGAAUAAAUAUGUGAAGGCGUUCAUUGAAAGUGAAAGUUUUCAAAAAUUCACGGAAAACAUAGUGCACUCGUCAUUAAUUCUUCAUGAUUCAAUGGAUCGUCGAAAUGUGUAUCAGCCCUUACCCAAUGUUGGGUCGAUUACAAUGCACCCAUAUGGCCCUCAGUUAAUUGUUAGCCAAAAAUAUCCGACUUAUUUUCUUAGCUCAUUAUGGCGUUUAAUGGAACUGUAUUUGGAAUGUAAUAACAAAAUAAUAUUUGAAUCUCUUUUAAGACCGGCUAUCUUAGAGCCGUUGGUGAAAUUUCUUCAUUCAAUAAGUGUGCGUUGUAAUCGCUAUUUAGCAACAAAUUUUUUUGCAAAAAUGGAGCUGAAAUUUACACAUCAACUGUUGUGUUUUAAAGGGCUUGAAACUUAUUUUCAAACUUCGGAAAUGUUACAAAUUGUUUAUAAUUUCUUGAGCUGUUUAACUGCCGAGUAUGUAUCAGAAAUUGAGCAACUAUUCGAGAAGAUCAUAUUUAAUCCGUAUUACAUCAACGCAAGUAAAGAGAUUCUUGAUCAGUGGCGCCACACAUGUCUGGAAUUAGUUUAUCCUCAUUAUAUUGUAGUGCAUGCCAAUGAGUUAAGUCUUGCUUUACCGUUUAGUCAACUUCCCAUUUUACCGCCUGACUGGCCUUACUUUCAAUUACGUUUAAUUUUGCAACGAUUUUUGGAAAAUGUUCAACGAAAAUCGUCCAUGGUCUUUUCAGAACGUCAAGUCUUGCAAAUGACUUUAAGUUUCGUUACACAAUUGGAGGAAUGUAAUCGAGAAUUGCACAUUGUCGCGCCUACCGAAAAGCUCAUGUACUUAAUGAUCGCUUUUAUGGGCCCAGAUUCGAAUUUUUUGGAUAGAGAUAUACACGAAAUGUUACAUCAGCACUUAUUAAAGUUCUAUGCAGAAAGCAAAUAUAUAAAAUUUGACUUCGAUGCCGUGUAUCCAGGUAAAUGUAAAUUUGAGAAUUUAUAUGCCCUGUUCAUCGAUCACUUUCAAGCGGUUAGCUACGGCGAUCAAUUAUUUAGCUCUUUGGUUAUGAUACCAUUGGCUCAAAAAUACGAUCACAAGUGGCGACGUCGAGUAUGGUCCGAUUAUGCGUCCGCCUUACGUUUUCUAAAUUGUGAAGAAAGCUUACUAAUUGGUGGUUUGUCGGCAUACUUGGAACCAGCUGAAGAGGAAGAAUCGCUUUUAAAAGCUUAUAAUCAAGCUUUGAAUACAAAUUUAUUGAGUUUAAAUUCAUUACCGUACAAAAUUGCUAAACACCAUGUUGAACAAUUUAAACAACGCAAAGUUCCGAUUGCAAAAUAGUAAAUUAAGUAAAGAUUUUUAAUUUCUUGUUAUUUGUUAAUUAAUUUAAAGGAAAUCUGCACAAAUUCUAUGAAUGUACAGUUAAAAUACUUUUGUUUUGAAAAGUGAACAAAGUUACCUCUAUGUAGUAGGGGUUGACAUAAAAAAUACAAAAAAUAAUCUAAAAGUAAAUAAACUUUUUAAGAUUGAUUAAUGAAGAAGAAGAAAAGGAAUAAAGGAAUUUAUUGGCGACAGUGUCAAGUCUUAUAAGAUCAAUGCAAUGAAAAAAAUGCCCGAACAAUUUAUGAAUUUCUAGUCUGCUUAAAAAUAAUAUUUGCUCCUUCGGCCUUCUGUAACCUUCCAAAAUGCGUGCAGAAAAAAUACAGAUAGGAUCUUAACACGAUACAGUGUAAUGACACUCAAAUUCCAAUUCCUAUCUUGAGAUUCAUUUCGAGUGAAACGUUUGUCUCGGCAAGGCCUCUUCUUAUAGCGAUUGCCGUUCAGGUUACAAACCUUUCACUCUUCCAGAAAGUCAUCUCACUAUGUAAGUCAGCAUCACGAACCAUAGUUAUUGCGACCAAAUAUGUCAGCUGUUUAGGCAGAUACUAUAUAUAUUCCUUUUUGGGGGUGUGCGAAAUAGUUUUAAAACAUUUUGUCCUCAAAAAAGCGAAAAAAGUCAAAUUUAAUUACUCGUAACUUUGUGUGGGCAUGGCCGAUUGUUUCCAAUUUUUGCACGCAAAUGUGGAAACCUUUAGUCUUCUAAUUUUAAUAAAUUCCGAGUAACGAGCAAAAAUCCAUAAUUUUUUUUGUUUCAAAAGCGGGGUUGCGUUCCGUUAACGCUUCACGGUGGGCCUCUGCUCUGGCCCAUCUUCAAUACCAGUCUGCGUGCAGAAAUUUUCUAAAGUUUCUAUCAAAUUUGAAAUCGACCAGGAUAGUGCCAACAACGCACACCACACAGACGGACAAGCAUGGUUGAAUCAAUUCAGAAUUUCACGCUGAUCAAGAAUAUAUAUAUA